AUGAUCGCGCGUUCGCACGAGCGCCCUCGGAGCACUUCCCUGUCCUCAACUUUCGCCAAACCAGUGACUCCGACAGAGGCAGAGUACAAGACAAAGUACGCUCACUGUGAUGUUGCUUGGAUGCCUUCCCACACACAACUCCUACAGUCCUGGGGAAAGUGUAAGGCAGUGGUGACAUCAUGGGUGAUGUUACGAAAUGGUUGGGGUAUUGCAAGGUGGGAUCGUGUACGGAUCAGAGAAGAUACUAGGAUAGGCAGGAUCGAGUGCUCGUCUAUGUACCCAAGAUGGGACCAAGAAGGCAUUUCACCAAUGAAAGCACGAACCAUGAGUGCCCUCACAAGAUUCCCCUCGAAAACGAGAUUCCCUUUCGGGCAUAGGGGGAUUCGGAGGCCAGGCUCCGCCCAGUUACCAAUUCGAAGCAAUUGCCCCCACGCAAAUUGGGUCACCUUCUUCGUUGUCAAUAAGCCAAAACAGUCAAGGCAAUGGGCUUUCCUAGAAUCCCAGACGGCAAAAACCCCUGGGUAUGGGAGCAAAGGCGCAACUGCACCGGGAAGACUGUGGAACCUCAUAACCAAUUCUCACGACGCGAAGGAAUAG